AUGCUAAAAUAUUAGAAAUCAAAAACCUCUUCUUACAAAGCUAUUUUAAAUGCCCUUUAGAUGUAAUGUGAUAUUUUUGGAUAAUUACCUGGAUUUACUAUACUGAAAAAAGAAAGAUUUUCUACAAGUUUUGGAGCUUUUUCAACCUUAAUCGUAUUUGGAUUUUGUCUUUUAUAUUUAUGUAUUGAACUUAAUAACUUAUUUAAUCGCAGUGAUCCAAAUGUGAUUCAAUAUGACACUUAAUUGAUAGAGAGUAAUGUAAGUAAUAAAUAAUAUUGUAAGGAAAUUCCUUUGAUGAAUAAGAAUUUCACCUUAGCUAUAACUCUAACUGGGUUAAAUACUUAACCAAUUAAAAAUAUAAAUAAGUAUUUUAUAAUUAAGGUGAAUACAUGUAAAAGAGAAAGAGUGUUUAAUUAAACAGAUAAUAUUACUAAAGUUAUUUCAUAGUAAGAGUGUAUUUUAUUUAGAUGUUAAGAAUAUCCAAUAGAAUCUUGUAGAAUUGAACAUGCUGUGACUGAUAGUUAAAAAGAGUAUUUUGGAAAACUUUAAUUAGGAACAGUUUAAUGCUUAAAAAAAGAUAUUUGGGAAGCAAAUCCACCAGUAAAUAAUAUUAAAUAAAAAUUAUAGCAAUUAUAAGGUGUGUUGCAGGCUAUAGAAUUUUAAUAUCUAUAAAUAAUGAUUUAAACGUGCAUUAAUACAACUAACUUUAAUGAAUGUGCUCCAAAUGAAGAAAUUUAGAAUUUAGCAAAUGCUGGAUUUUAUGGUAUACAUCUUAGCGAUAAUCUAUUAUAAUUGAAUGAAUUUUAAAAGCCUUUUUCGCAAAUUUAAAGUAUGCAAUAAGCUUCAUUCUCUUUAAAAACUUCUCGAUCCAUCUAUUAGACAUUAAAAUAAAUUCAUAUUCUGACAGAUGAUGGAUUUUUUUUGGAAAAUCAAAAUUAAUUUACAGGUUUAAUUUAAAAUUAAUGGAGAGAGGAAUCAUCUAAUUACAAUAAUAUAUUCUUAAUAAAUCAUUUUAUUUAUUUAGAUGGAAAAUAAUCUACUUAUGCUAGAAAUUAUAUCAAGAUUCAGACAAUUUUAGGGAGAAUUGGAGGAUUUUGGAAUGUUGCAGUUUUAUUAUUUAGAAUUUUUGUUACACCUAUAGUUCUUACCUUAAUGAAUGUUCAUUUGAUUAAUAAAUUAUUUCGAUUUGAAAUAAAUGAAAAAUCUUAAUUAUUUAAAGAUGAAAUUAAAGAAGAAUCAGUUAAUGAAUUGAAUAAAAGUUCAAAUAUUUAUAAAGAGUCUUCACAACAUUAAUAUGAAUUUAUAAAUCCUAAUAUAAAAAAAAAAAAACAGAAUAAAGUAGUAUUAAAUCAAAAAAAAUAGUCUGAAAUUCAAAAAUAUUUAGCUUAUUCUAAAUAACAAUUAAAUUUAGGAAUAAUUGACUUAUUUCUAGUUUCAUUUUGUUGUAAAAGAUAAGUAAAAGAAUAAAUUAGAUAUGCAAAAACAAAAUGUUCUCAAAAAUUAGAUGUAGCUUUAAUAAUAAGUAAAAUCUAUGAAUUUGAUAAGUUAAAAUUUGUUUUGUUUUCAAACGAAUAAUUAAAUCUUUUUAAUUGUUUGCCUAAACCUAUAAUACCUGCUGAUUUAUUUAACAGUUAAAUUUCCGACAAAAUUAAAGCUUUGGAAUAAUAAAAAUAAUAUAUAUUUAUGCUUGAAGAUGAAAUGCCUAUGAAGCUUAAAUUAGAGUAAGCUUUUUCUAGUUAUAAAAUACUAAAAAAUAAAAAGGAUAAAACCUAUACUGAUUAUUAGUUACUUGAAUUUUUAGAUUAAGAUUUAGUAAUUUUAUUUGAAAAUCUUUAAAAAUAAGAAGAACUUUCUUAAAAGGGAAAUGAUGAAAUAAGUUCUUUCUCAAAUAGGGAUAAAUAAAAUAUAGUAUCUUCAGUUAGAUAAUUAAAUGUUUAACUUGAUAUUAGUUGA